AUGGAGGUGCUCGGUUGGAGGCUGGUGAUCUACAAGCCGCCCCAUUGGAAGGUGGAGUUGCCACCCAAAGGAUCCUCACAGGAAGGCUUGCAUCUACCAAGCUGGCUGAAGGAGAAGGUAACAAGCAUCGACCCAAAGCUGUUCGAAGAAGAGUCAAACCCAGCUCUCUCCGGGACAGGCUUUGGUCCUCUUUCACAUCGUAUUGACCAGGAGACCAGUGGGCCCUUGUUGGCGGCAAAGACUGCUGCUGCUCAGCGGCAUUUGCGUGCUCAGUUUCACAAGACAGAGAUCUCCAAGCGCUAUGUAUGUCUCGUUCAUGGCCACGUGUCGUCUCCCGAUGGCACGGUGGAUGCGAGCAUUCGUACUCUGAGAACGGAUGCGACCACCAGGUCCGAAAUUUCCAGUGCAGGCGACUGGGCAGAGACUCGAUAUCAGCUCAUAGCAAGCUGGCAGCACCUGGGACACCCGCUUGUCUCAGAUGAUAAAUAUGGUGAUGCUGGGCAGUUAGACAAGGACCGAAGCUGGUGCCCCCGGCUAUUUCUGCACUCCUUCCGCCUCUGCUUCCGCGACUUGAGGAACGAAUCUCAAGAAGUCAUUUGUCCUUUACCUCCGGACUUGAAGGCAGCGCUUGUUAAGCUUGGUGCUGCGAGUGCAGACGGCCAUGCUUUGGAUCUUUUGUUUGGAGAGACAUCUUGGCAACGAGAGAUUUUCCGGCCUCCUCUCUCGGCUUGGCGGCCUGGCACCGAGGUGCAGCGGCAUUUGAUUUCUCUGCUGACGGGCAAAGAUGAGUUUGGGCCACUAUCCCUGACCGAGAUAAACGAGGAUGCGCAUCUGAAGAGGCUUCUUGCAAAAGAACAUCUGACUUGCAUCAACAAGGCUUGGAUGGCAAAGAACUGGGAUGUUUUCGAAGCCCUCCCCUCGCCAGACGGCGGUCUCAAAGUGCGGCUCCGGCCCUUGGCCGAGGCGGCCGAGGCGGCGGAGGGCUCCAACGAGCGGCAACUCGAGCAGCAGAUCGAGGCUGCCCGUUCUGAAUGUGAAGAGCUACAGCGGUUGAAGCAGCGUGCGAUUGCUGAAGAACAGUAUCUCAAGGCUGCAGAGAUCAAGCGUCGGUUUGAAGCGGUCUCCGCCGAACUGGGCUCCUUGCUUACCCUUUGCGAGGACGAAAGUAUCGCUGACGAAGCAUCCAACACUGAAGGAGGCCGCGCCUCCGCUGCCAGGACAAAGAUCAAGGCCUUCGAGCAAGACGUGCAUGACGAGGCUUUAUUUCCAUCUCUGGCGCCAGCACCAAAAGGUGCUCUUGCAGUGAACUCUUCGGUCACAUGUCGCACCACGGGCUCUGAGCUUCUGCAGCGGCGGGCUAGAAACGCCAGAAUCACGGAGGCUGAGGCCAGAUUGGUUUCGUCCUCACUAUGCAGCCAAGCACACUGUGCAGUUCCUGCAGGUGAGACAUGGCUGUUGGACGUGUCUUUGGAUGUUGAAACUCUGACCAUUUAUGGAAUUCUCAAAUGGGAUCAGAGCAAGGCUGACAUUGAGCUUCGCGCUAGCUACAUUCUGGUUGAAGCUGGAGGCCAGCUCAUGAUUGGAAGUGUGGCAUCGCCCAUGGAGCUCCCUGCAACCGUGUACAUCACAAAUGGGCCUCAUCGCCAUCCAAAGCUGGGCCGGCGUUUUCUCGGUGGCUUUGGAAUCAUCGAGAUCCACGGGCGACCCCUCAGACGAACCUGGAGCCUCUUGAGCCAGACAGUGGCACCUGGACAGCGAGUCCUUCAAUUGAAGCACGACCCAGCGGAUAUGGGAUGGCAGCCUGGGGAUCGAAUCGGCUUGGCCACGACUAGCCGUGGUCAAUCUACCGUCCACCACAUAGCAAGCCUUGCAAGCAAACAGCUGACCUUGUUGGAGCCUGUGGAAGAUGAGCAUUGGGGUGGGCACAAAGAGAUCGCAGGCAGAAGCUUUGAGCUUGCUGCAGAAGUGGUCAACUUGGAGCGGACUGUUCUGAUUACUGGAGACCAUGAGGAUAUCGAAGUGUCGAUGGAGGGCUUGCACACCAUACAAGCGGGAGGAUCCGGCUAUAUGGACCUUCGAUAUUCCAGGGUCGAGUAUUGUGGUCAAAGACCAGUCAUGGGUCGCUACUGUCUGCAUUUCCACUUGAUGAAGAAGUGUCCACGCUGCGUCUUUCAGGGCAAUGCCGUUGUUGAUGGAGAGCAUGUUGGAAUCACCGUUCAUGGAACCCAUUAUUCCGUGGUUGAUCAAAAUGUCAUCUGGGACGUGAAGGCAAACGCCUUGUACAUUGAGGAUGGCAACGAGCUUCAUAACACUAUCAAACAAAAUGUGGCCAUAUGCACAAACCUGCGGAAGUGUGCAGUGGAUUGGGUAAGCGGCGUGGCUGUGCAGACUGCAGGGCUUUUCAUGAUCGGCAUGACAAAUAACAUACUGGAGAAUCGGAUUGUCGGCUACGAGAACGGUAUUUGGACACCAGGCUCGUUUAGGGGCACAGGACAUGGCUUGGCCCAAGGAAGGACCUGCCCGCAAUUUUAUCCUUUUGGCGAGUGGCGGGGGAACACCUGCCAUGACUGUAACAGAUUUGGCUUAUAUCUUGAUCAUCAGUACCCGAGGGCCGUAAAGGUUGAUGAUGAUGGAUUCCUGCUUGACAAGGAGAGCUGCAAGUGGUUCACCAGAAGCGGUGACGACAAUGGAGUUGUCAAUGAGAUCCGGGAUGAAGUUAACUGGCAUAACACAUAUGUCGGUCAGUAUGCCAUUGGUGACAUUCAGUUCAUAAACUUCACAAGCAUCAACAAUGGCCAUGCAAUGUACUGGAAGCAAGGGAAGAAUUUCGCCGACAAGCGUCCAUGGCAUGUGCUGGACUCUACUUUUGCAAACGAUGCCUCAGACAGGUUUGGCAUACUUCAAUUCCUGGGUCCUUCUGGCCCGUUCGCGUUUGGCAUGAAGAACUGUGUGUUUCUGGGUAGUGGUCCGCCUGGGAUUGCUGCUAUAGCAGCUGGACAGCACUGUGGCUUGUUGGGAGGUGCUGGGCCUUGCAAUGUACAGUAUUUGCUGGAGAACGUUGACUUCUCGCGGAUGUGGGCUCAGCAGCCUCGACUGGCAUUUGGUGCGAACACUGACGCUGCUCAAGCGGCAGUUUUGCCUGUCUUCCUUGCCAAGGAUGGAUCGCUAGGAGGCUUUCGCAGCAUAACCAGUCCACACUUCGAUGGAUUUCGGGCAAGCGGUUGUAGAGAAUUGGACGCCACAUGGGCCAAGCACGGCGCUUUGGGCUGCGAUGGGAUGAUACGUCGGCUGAAUAUAUGGGGUCAAGGUGCUGGCAGAAUGCAGAUUGCUGGACUUGGCUACGGAGUUGCACCUGAUUGGUCUUUUCCAGCAGAAGGACGCAAUGCCGGGGAGCUGCCUUUCGAUGCAGCACACAUGGCUUAUGGUACCCUUGUUUUUGGCGAGGAAAAGUAUGUCCUAACAGCUUCAUGGAUUGAAGACAUGAUUCUGGAAUUUUCUGAUCCAGUCCUGGCAGCAUACUUUCAGAUGGACUUGGCCAUUGAGGUGGAUGCUGGUGGAGGUGAGUGCGUACUCAGAGAGUCGGACAACCGCAGGUUCAUCUGUGACAUGGGUGAAUUUGGAGGGAUAUGUGAUUUUCGCACUGCUGCUAACCAGCACGUCAUCAUGGGGGGGCGCCUCAAAUGUGCUGGAAGCGCGGUGCCCUCUCCAGUCCCUGUGCCAAGUCCAUCCCCAAGCCCAGUGCCGAGACCGAGUCCAAGCAGCCGGCCAGCUCCCGUAAACUUCCCUCCCCUCAGCGGAAGUUCAUCAGGAUGGAUCCUACACCUCAGCCUGAACUGCUGGGAGAAACAUGGUGCUGUGUCACUGCCAGGUGCAGACCCACUUCCCGGAACUUUCACGAUUGAAAGCUGCCGCAGACAGUGUGAAAAAAUGGCAGCCUGCGAGGCUGCUGUUGUGCGGCAUGGCUGGGAUGAUGGAAGUAGUCCUUGUUUUUUGCGCCAGAGCGUAUCUCUUCCAAAUUGUCGUGAUUAUGCAGAUUUCGAUUUGUGGCAGAUCCAGAGAGUGGUGACAACGACUACCGAACCGGCUGGAUCAUCAACAACCGCCUCCACAACCCCUCUCAACUUCUUUGGGGGAGUUGAUGGAGGCAAGGACAGAGCUUGUCGUGGAGCUUUCCCAGCGGAUAAUAGUCCAGACUACUAUGUACUGCAGCGCGGUGUGAGGGGUCUGGAUGGCUGCAAAGAAAUUUGCAUCAUCGAUAGUUUGUGCCAGGGUGUUGAGUAUAGCGCUGGCAGAUGUGAACUUUGGACGCGGCCUGGUGGCAUUCAAGCAUCUAUAGCUCUCCCCGGCUUUACUUGCUUGCGCUUUGGUGGAGCCCCAACGACAACUCCUUUUCCAAAGCCAUUUCUUCCCUUAGAUGGUGGCACAGACAGAGCUUGCAGAGGAAGGUCUGCAACUGACAACUCUCCAAAUUACUACAUUCUCGUAAGUGGCAGGCUUGAUCUCAACCAGUGCAAGGCCAGAUGUGCCGCCACAGACACUUGCAAUGGCAUUGAGCACAGCAACCGCGGCCGAUGUGAGCUUUGGACACGAGCUGGUGGCAUCCAGGCGACAGCCGCAGUCAGUGGAUACACAUGCUGGCGUUUCGAUCAGGGUCUUCAGUGGAUUCUCAUGGAAGGCCGGAACUGCUAUGACAGCCAUGGUGCCAGUUCUCUGCAGAGCAUUGCAGAGUCUGUGCCAGUUGAAGCGUGCAAAGAAGCAUGCAUGCAGCUUAAGACAUGUGAGGGGGUUGUCGUGAGAUCUGGCUGGAAUGAGAGCCCCUGCUGGUUGUACUCGAACAUAGACCUCGAAAGCUGUCUGACGGUUUUGGACUACGACUUUUGGCAUUGGACACAAUGA